AGAUUGAAAUGCUUCUUCAAACACAAGCAAAGUGACUAUAUCCACCCUCAUUUCAGCCGCUACUUAAUGACAUCUUAUAUUUUCACAGACAUGGGGGUUACAAAUUUUCUAAAAAAUUGCACCUUCAUGCUCUCAAUUUUUGUUUUGCACAUUACUUUUCCCUUGAAGCAUGUCAUGGCUAGUGUUUACACUGUUGGUGACCAAGAUGAAUGGAGUAGUAGCCAAACAAAUUAUGCUUCAUGGGCAGGGAGAUACAAUUUUAGCCGUGGUGAUGUUCUUGUUUUCAGGUACAUUAAAGGGCAACAUAAUGUGUAUGAAGUGACAGAAGAGAGUUUCAGAUCGUGUGAUGCAGAUAGUGGAGUGUUGGCUAAGUAUGAGAGUGGAGAAGAUGAAGUGGCUCUGAGUGAGGUGAAGAAAUACUGGUUCAUCUGCAACUUUGCAGGGCACUGCUAUGGAGGAAUGAGGUUUGGAAUUGAAGUCAAAGAUGGUGCAUUGCAAAUGAUGCAACCACCAUCAAUUGAACCAGCUCCUUUGGAUAAUUCUUGUACCACUUAUUUUGUAUCUCAAAGAUGGAGAGUAUUUCUCAAUUCUAUUCCUUUAGGAUUGUUUCUCUUCAACUAUUAUUUUUGGUGAAUUUGUCUUACGUAUGUGAUUUGAUUAUUUAUUUCUACUGUCACUCACAAAUGAAGCAUAAAAAAGAGUCUUCUUCUGCUACA